CCGCCAUUAGACAGGCAUGGUUUUCACGGUUGUGUUGUAUAGAAAGAUUUGUGUUUAGAAGAGGUGUUUCUAUCAACCAUCCUUUGUUUUGAUUAUUUAACAAUCAGUUUCAUUUAACUAAAUUGUUACUCAUUUUUCGUCUGAAGUUAAAUUUAAUAAUUUACAAAUUUUUACAAUAUGUUAGAAAAAGAAACUAAGGAAAAAGAUUCAACAACUGAUUCAGAAUCAGAAGAUUCAGUUCCAGAGUUGGAAGAUGCUCCAGAGGAAGGAGGUGAAGCCAAAACCGGCACUGUUUCGGGUCUCGGUGAUGAUGCCGCUAGUAAGAGUAAACAAUCCCGAAGUGAAAAGAAAGCAAGAAAGGUGAUGUCAAAGUUGGGUUUGAAACAAAUUACCGGUGUUAGUCGUGUUGCAAUUCGCAAAAGUAAGAAUAUCCUGUUCGUAAUUAACAAGCCUGAUGUGUAUAAAAGUCCUGCCUCUGACACCUAUAUCGUUUUUGGUGAAGCCAAAAUUGAAGAUCUUAGUCAAAAGGCCCAAAUGGCGGCAGCCGAAAAAUUCAAGACUCCUGAUGCAUCAUCUAUCCUCAGUGGAGCUGGAGCUUUGGGCGAAGCUGGUGCUGGCCUUGGAACAACAGGACAAGGAACAGGAGCCAGUGCUACUAUAGACGACGUAGAAGAUGAAGAAGUUGAUGAAACUGGAAUCGCCGAAAAGGACAUUGAAUUAGUUAUGAGUCAAGCCAAUGUCAACAAGAGUAAAGCAAUUAAGGCUUUGCGUGAAAAUAACAAUGAUAUUGUCAAUGCUAUUAUGGACCUAACCAUGUGAUUUUUGUAAAUUGAUCCCUUUUGAGUUGAUAAACUUGAUUGACUGAAUUUCAACCGUUUUUCCGUCCAUUAUUUCCCUAAGACAAUCAGUUUAACAAUUUA